CAGCAGCAGCCAGCAGCCAGGACUCAUCCACCGGUGUCAUGGCUUCCUAGCAGUCGGGGGGGGACUGAAUGAGAGCGAAAAUAAGCCCGCUUGUCUCCAAGGCCCCGACGCGUUAUCACCCUUUUCCGACUGAACCGAGGAGCGGGGGCUCGCUCCGCCUCGCCUUCCCCCCAGGACAGAGUCUUUCCAAAUAAUUUCUGCUGAAUUUGAGCCUUCGAUCCCCGCCGACGUUUCAAGGCUAGCACCGCGGUGGUGGAAGAUGGCCGACCCGGCGGAGUGCACCAUCAAAGUGAUGUGCCGUUUUAGGCCUCUCAACAGCUCCGAGGUGACCAGAGGAGACCGAUACAUUCCCAAGUUCCAAGGGGAAGACACCGUUAUUAUCUCGAGCAAACCGUACAUGUUUGACCGAGUCUUUCAGUCCAGCACGACACAGGAGCAAGUGUACAAUGCCUGCGCUCAGAAGAUUGUCAAAGAUGUUCUUGAGGGAUACAACGGGACCAUUUUUGCCUACGGCCAGACGUCCUCCGGGAAAACGCACACCAUGGAGGGGAACCUCCACGACACAGACGCCAUGGGCAUCAUCCCCAGGAUAGUGCAGGACAUCUUCAACUACAUCUACUCCAUGGACGAGAACCUGGAGUUUCAUAUCAAAGUUUCCUAUUUUGAAAUUUACUUAGAUAAGAUCCGGGACCUGUUGGAUGUGUCAAAGACCAAUUUGUCAGUGCAUGAAGACAAAAACCGAGUACCCUAUGUGAAGGGCUGCACCGAGCGCUUUGUCUGCAGUCCGGAUGAGGUCAUGGACACCAUCGACGAAGGCAAAUCCAACAGACACGUAGCAGUCACAAACAUGAACGAGCACAGCUCCAGGAGUCACAGCAUCUUCCUGAUCAACGUCAAGCAGGAGAACACCCAGACGGAGCAGAAGCUGAGCGGGAAACUCUACCUGGUGGAUCUGGCCGGUAGCGAAAAGGUCAGCAAAACGGGAGCGGAGGGAGCCGUGCUGGAUGAAGCCAAGAACAUCAAUAAGUCGCUGUCGUCCCUCGGGAACGUCAUCUCCGCUCUGGCUGAAGGGACGGCCUACAUACCUUACCGAGACAGCAAGAUGACGCGUAUCCUUCAAGACUCGCUGGGCGGCAACUGUCGCACCACAAUCGUCAUCUGCUGCUCACCUUCCUCCUACAACGAGUGUGAAACCAAAUCAACCCUCAUGUUCGGACAAAGAGCAAAGACCAUCAAGAACACGGUGACGGUGAACGUCGAGCUGACAGCGGAACAGUGGAAGCAGAAGUACGAGCGGGAGAAGGAGAAGAACAAGACCUUGAGGAACACCGUCACCUGGCUAGAGAACGAGCUCAAUCGCUGGAGGAACGGAGAGAGCGUGCCAGUGGAGGAGCAGUUCGACAAGGAGAAGGCCAACGCCGAGGUUUUGGCCCUCGACAAUAUCCUCAACGACAAGCCGGCGUCCACGCCCAACGUGCCCGGCGUGCGCCUCACCGACGUGGAGAAGGACAAGUGCGAGGCCGAGUUGUCCAAGCUCUAUAAGCAGCUGGACGACAAGGAUGAAGAGAUCAACCAGCAGAGUCAGCUGGCCGAGAAACUCAAGCAGCAGAUGCUGGACCAGGAGGAGCUGCUGGUAUCAUCACGUCGCGACCACGAGAACCUGCAAGCCGAGCUCAACCGCCUGCAGGCCGAAAAUGAGGCCUCCAAGGAAGAGGUGAAGGAGGUGCUGCAGGCUUUGGAGGAGCUAGCUGUCAACUACGAUCAGAAGAGCCAGGAGGUGGAGGACAAGACCAAAGAGUUUGAGGUUAUCAGCGAGGAGCUCAACCAGAAAUCGUCCAUCCUGUCAUCUUUGGACUCCGAGCUCCAGAAGGUGAAGGAGAUGUCUAACCACCAGAAGAAGAGAGUGACGGAGAUGAUGUCAUCACUUCUCAAAGAUUUGGCUGAGAUCGGCAUCGCCGUGGGCAGCAAUGACAUUAAGCAGCACGAAGGUGGCAGCGGCCUCAUCGACGAGGAAUUCACGGUGGCCCGUCUGUACAUCAGCAAGAUGAAGUCGGAAGUGAAGACCAUGGUGAAGCGCUGCAAGCAGCUGGAGGGCACCCAGUCGGAGAGCAACAAGAAGAUCGACGAGAACGAGAAAGAGCUGGCCGCUUGUCAGCUGCGCAUCUCUCAGCACGAGGCCAAGAUCAAGUCCCUGACGGAGUACCUGCAGAACGUGGAGCACAAGAAGAGGCAGCUGGAGGAGAACGUAGACUCGCUCAACGAGGAACUGGUCAAACUCAGCGCACAGGAGAAAGUCCACGCCAUGGAAAAGGAGAACGAGAUCCAGACCGCCAACGAAGUCAAGGAAGCAGUGGAGAAGCAGAUCCACUCUCACCGCGACGCUCACCAGAAACAGAUCAGCAGCCUGAGGGACGAGCUGGACAGCAAGGAAAAGCUCAUCACCGAGCUGCAGGACCUGAACCAGAAGAUUAUGCUGGAGCAGGAGAGGCUACGAGUGGAGCAUGAAAAGCUCAAGUCCACCGAUCAGGACAAGAGCCGCAAGCUGCACGACCUCACGGUGAUGCAGGACAGACGGGAGCAGGCCAGGCAGGACCUAAAGGGUCUGGAGGAGACAGUGGCAAAGGAGCUGCAGACUCUGCACAACCUGAGGAAGCUCUUUGUCCAGGACUUGGCCACACGCGUGAAAAAGAGUGCCGAGAUGGACUCGGACGACACCGGGGGCAGCGCGGCCCAGAAGCAGAAAAUAUCCUUUCUUGAGAACAAUCUUGAGCAGCUCACCAAGGUUCACAAACAGCUGGUACGCGACAACGCAGAUCUUCGCUGUGAGCUUCCGAAGCUGGAGAAGCGCCUUCGUGCUACAGCUGAGCGGGUCAAGGCGCUGGAGUCUGCACUGAAGGAGGCCAAGGAGAACGCCGCCCGCGACCGCAAGCGCUACCAGCAGGAGGUGGAUCGCAUCAAGGAGGCCGUCAGGGCCAAGAACAUGGCCAGGCGGGGACACUCGGCACAGAUCGCUAAACCUAUCCGGCCCGGGCAGCAGCCGGUGGCGUCCCCCACCCACCCCAACAUCAACCGCAGCGGGGGAGGUUUCUACCAGAACAGCCAGACUGUAUCCAUCAGGGGCGGCAGCUCGGCCCCCACCAAGACGGACAGAAACUGAAGCGAGCAAGAAAGACGAAGGUCAGCCGACCCUCCGCGCCCCCCUCGCACCUCCUGCUGGCACCGUCAUUCCAUUACAGCUUCCCAGCUGCCCAGGAGUGAGUGUGCGGAUUAUAAAUAUUUAUAAAAUAUAUACAAAUAUUCCUGGCUGUACAGCUCCGACCCGCUUGCUUACCCGUCACCACAAAAACAAACAGACGACAGAUUGAAUUUACAACGCAAGCUACUAAAAAAAUGUUGAAUAACAAUAUCCAAUACAACCAGUCUCGAACAGCCGCAGCAGCCUUGGCCAGCAAAAACUGCACGUGACUUGAAUGUGUAGCUUUCCUUUUUCUUUUUUUGUUUGGCACAUGUUUGUCAACGUGGUUGUCGCGUGAGUAGUUGUGCCCUGCAGACUCCCCCCCACCCCCACAAGCUGAAUGUAACACUAAAAUAAUAAAAGGCGAAAACAUAAAGGAGGGAUCCUGCGGCCAGCCAGACGUAGCUUUGUAGGUGAAAAGCAACAACGCUGUACAUUUCGUACGUUAGCAGCACACCGGUUUCUCCGCGAUAAUUUCUAAGGAUGACAUCAAUAUAUAGAUACUGUACUUAUAUACAUGGUGGGCCAAAUGGGAGGUGGACAUUUCAAAAUGCUUUUAUUAGAUGACAGUACAUUGGCAGCAUCUUUUCCUUGGCAGCAUCUUUUCCUUCCCGAUAGCCCUUCCACUGCUUAAACCAACUUUAUUGCCUUUCAUCCUUCCUUUCACUCUUAUCGAUGUUCCCUCCUUCCUCCCUUCUUUCCUGUCAGACUAUCCACCCUUCCUCUCCUCUUCUUUCCCUUGCUCCCUUAUCCCUCUGUCCCAUCUUUUUUCCUCCCUACCUACUCUCUCUCUCUAACCCUAACCCUUUUUUUCCCCUGCCUCACCUGGCUCCUUUCAUAACAUCAACAUUUCUUUCAUCUUUCACCUCCCUCCAGGAAGUGAAUUGAAAUUGAGCGUCCACCUCCUUUUGUCGCGCCGCGUAUAUGAAAUCCGGCUAGCGGCUCGACGUCCUCCUUACUCUUUUUGUUGUGCGUCUUUUCCCUUGUACAAAGAUUAUUCAAAUUUGUCAGCGCGCCACUCACUUGCUGUUCACAUGGCCAUGGAGGAAGGAAAAAAAAAAAACGAAGUCAAGAUGUGCAAGCGUGUACUGUAGAUGUAUUUAACUGGACACCUGUGGAGGCCAAUUGUUUUUUGUGGUUAACUUAAAGCCGUAUACUCGUCGCGUCACAAAGGAAAGGAAAAGAAACGGACGCCGAUGAUCCAGUCCAGGCAUUUUAAGGCCUGCUAGGCUAACUCUGUAAAGCUACGUGUGUGUUUUUACCCAUCUUGAUGACUAUUUAUAGCCACUGCGGCCAUUUUGUGCGUCUUAUGUGCUCCUUUGACUGCUUUGGAUGCGUCCCAUCGUCCACUUGCAGGGACGGCUGCUCACGCAUCACUCGGCAAAAUGCAGCAUCCAAACCAAGUCAUUGCGAUGCUUUAUUUAAUUCAAUAAAAAGGUGUAGGAUUUUUUUUUUUUUAAUCUUAACGUUGUUUUUGGGGGUUAUGUUUCACCCCCCGCCCUUGACGCAGUGAAUCCCCAGUGCGUUGUUACAGAGGACUAUUAAGAUCACGCUUAAAGGAAAAUGAGAAAUGAACACGUGCGCUUAAAUUUGUGAGAAUAAAGAGCUAUUUAAAAUCCAUUUUAAGAAAAGGUAUUUUUUCAAAAAAAAAAUUUAUUUCUCAUUUAAAAGUGAGAUACGUACUCCAAAUUUGUCAUUCUUUGGGGAGUAGUCUUUUUAUCUGAGGGAAAAAAGUGUCAUUCCUAGAAACAAAAUUGGGUUUUCCCCAAAAAUGUCAGGUUUUUUCAAGAAUAAAAGUUGGAUUGUUAUGCCGAUAAAUCACCCUUUUGAGAAGGAAGUAAUUAUUUUGAGAUUUUUUCCAAUGUUUUUCUCUUAAAAACAUCAUUGAAAUUAGGGGAUAAAUUUGAUUUUUUUUUCAGAGAUUUUCGUGAUCAAGAUUUUUUUCCUGUUUUUUGUUUCUUUAAAAUUGAAAAUUCGACUGAAAAAAAAUCCUAAAGCAUGAGUAUCAUAAAAAUACAAAUGGAAAAAAACUAAGAAAUUAGGCCUUUCUUUGGGGGGGAAAACUGAGACUUUGGCAAAAAAUAACUUCUUAAAAUGGGACUAAUGCGGAAAAAUUACUUGGAAAAAAUACCAUUAUCGAAGUGUCACUGUACCUUGCUCAUAUUCCUUGUCGCCUAUACUUGUGGUUUUUUUUGGGUGUGGCCCUAAUACUCCUUCAGUGCGUUGUAAUCACAGCAUGAGGACGCCAACACCGCGUGCAAGUGCAAUAUAUACUGUAAGAUACACUGUACAACACACACAUCCUCAUGUAACAUUUACCAUACAAAAAAAAAAAAAAAACCAUGAUCCAUUUAUUUAAAGAUGAAAAUAUUUCAACAUGGACUUUGGAAGCACUCCAUCAGUUUAGGAGUCAAGUCGCACUUUAGAGAGUAAUGUAAUGAAGCAAGUAAUUGAGCAUGGACCUCCAAAUGAUUCUGCUGUCUUUCACCUCCCACCAAAAACUGGAUAUGAAAUGGAAACCUAGAUUGAAAAGUAAAUGAAUGACUAGAAUUAAAGAAAAUCUGUGGCUCCCAAUCAACUUCAAGUGAAAUUAAAGCUAAAACUGAAAAAAAAAUCCACUUUUUUAUUACUGUGUAAUAGUUGGUUCAUUUUUUAAGGGUCGUUGUUGUUAUGGGGGGUAAAUCCAUACGUGGACAAAAGGUACUGGAUCAUUCCCGGCUAACUGGGGCACAAAGUUGAGGUUCUGACAUGGACGCAGACGAGCUCACCGUUUUUUUGUGUGCGUUUCUUUUGUUUGUUUUUGGAUUGACUGCAUGAUGUAAAUGUAUGUGUGAUUAAAUAAUUAUCAGUCAACACAUUCA